AACUCAUGCGCGAAUACGAUGACGUGCGAAGCUGGGGUGCUGGCACGAGAGAGAUUAUACAUUUUCCGUGGAACGAAGAAGAAGAAGAAGAGGGGGAGAGACAACAGCAAAACCUGCGUCAUUUGCUUCCAUAUGUCAUGACAGAGCGCCGCCACAAGUGAAAGAGGAGGCUAUUGCCACGCGCUCACGUGUUUCUGUUCGUCAAGCUCAGGAUAGUGCGCUUUUGUGACAACGGAGGUCAUUUGAGUGGAAGGUGGAAGGUUAAGGGGAUACUUCGACGUUGCGGCAGAAGCUCCGCCUUCAUCAGGACUAAGGGGUCCCUUAGUCCUGACAGGGGUUGCACGAUCGGUGAGGGUACGCCACGUGGCGGUCGUCGGAGCGGCGUCUGAGAUCCUCCUCCCCAUCCAAUGCUCGAUGUUCCAAGACUUUGUCCCCAUCUUGAAGGCCAAAUCUCGCUGCUGUUGUCGGGCUGAUUCAUGGAACUUCGAGGCCUGCCUCGACACUCACAGCGCUUUCGUUAAAGCUCUACCUUCCACCCUGGAGAAACCAAACACAGGAGACCUUCCUCCACUGAUGAAAGACUGCAGUGUCGUGUUACAACGAUUGGAAGAGGUCUGUCCCAACUUUCGAUGCCGGAAAGGUACAAAGAGACCGGCUUCGCCCAGUGAAAAGGGAGCCGACGAGGACGGCGAAUACGACUGGAUGAUGAAGCACGUGAAUUACAUGCUGCUGAACGAAGAGGCAGGCCGCCCCUUGAGCAAAAAGGCAGGCUACAAUGUAACAGUCGAAGACAUCCACACCGUUCUGAGACACAACUGGUUGAACGAUGUUGUGAUCGACGUGUACAUGCAGCUCAUCACCGACAUGGCAAAGAAGAAGGAAGGAGCCAGCAACAUUCACGCACUCACUACACACUUUUUCAGUGUGCUCCGCAGCACAGGCUACAAGGCGAUCGAACAAUGGACAGAGAACGUGGACCUGUUCUCAUACCGGCUCGUUUUGGUGCCCGUUCACGACGUAGACCACUGGUCCCUAGCAGUGCUGAACAUCCAGGCGAAGCAGAUUGACUUUUACGACUCGUUGGGGCGCAGAAACGAGGACUGCUGUCAAAUACUAAUUGACUUCUUGCAGCGUGAGCACCGGCGCAAAACGGGGCGGAAACUUUCACCUGACACGUGGGGCUCUAACUCCGUACGCAACAUCCCCACACAGACCAAUACGUAUGACUGUGGUGCCUUUGUGUGCCUCUAUGCAGAGUGCAUAGGAAGGGGCAUACCAUUUGAAUUCUCGAGCAAUGACCUGCCCAAGUUGCGCUACCGCAUUGCCUACGAGAUUCUGCAGGGGCGCUUGCUCUGAACUAUAGUUUCCUUGCCUGUUUGACGAAGAUGUUAUGAGUUGCCAUUCAACAAGAGGUCCGAAAAGAACAAGUUAUGUAAACACAAACAAGUCAUUAUCUCAUUUGUUCCAAGUGGGACAUCUGUGAAAUAACAUGUUUUUAAAUCUA